GUCCGUGGACAGGGCGGGGUGACGUCUUGGUUCCGGUAUAAUGGCUGCAAUGAAACAAGAAAUGUACGCGAUGUCGAUCCCUAACGCUCUUGUUUACACCGGAGACAACAAUGACAGUGUUUGACGUCGCGGAGUAAAAGCGUGGCAGGGGAGAAAAGUGUCUGCAGCGCCUGUCGAAGAAUACAAUGAGGACGCUAUUUACAUUCUGUUGUUUGUUCCUUUUUAUCAGCGAAGCGGACGGUGCGUGGGCCACUGUAAGUCACAUCAACCGCAGCAACCUCUCCAAUUUGACGGCAGAUAGCAGCAGGUAUCUCACCAUUGGGGAUGGUUCGUCACAGGAAUUUGAGUUCCCUGAAAACACCAAGGGUGUGAUUGUAAUAUCCACCCAAUUUCAAAGCCAAGCAGCCGGCAGGAAAGGCCGCCAGAGCUGGAAACAGACUGUGACGGUGCGCUCCUUCGAUCCAGAGGUCCUCUCCAUCUUGAAUGUGACAGAUAGUGGCCAUGCAGGACCUGGAAGGAGCUACAUUAUCAGUAUCCACUCCGGUUUUCCAGGAAGAGCCCAGCUUGAGAUCCAGCUGCUGGGACUAGACCAGAAUUCUGUGCCCAUUUUGAUCGAGGAGAGGACGGAUUACUGCAUUGUGGUGGCCCCUGGGAAUGAUGACCCAGCCACACAACUCAUCCAGUCAGGAGGACUCUCCCAUUUCUCAGAGAACCCUGUGCUAUUUGCUUUGCUUCCCCUCAUUGUUAUCAACAAGUGUGCCUUUGGGUGCAAGGUGGAGGUGGAGGUACUGAAGGCUCUAGUGAAGAGCCCCGUGCCACUGGUACUCGGGGUGCUUGGUCAGUUCCUGGUGAUGCCAUUGUAUGCUUACAGCGUGUCUCGGCUGGCCUUGCUGCCCAAAGCGCUCUCACUGGGCCUAGUGAUCACAUGCUCCACCCCAGGUGGCGGAGGCGGAUACCUUUACAGUCUGCUGCUCGGAGGAGACGUCACCCUUGCUAUCUCCAUGACCCUGGUGUCAACAGUGGUGGCGAUGGCAGCCAUGCCCCUGUCAUCAACUCUGUAUGGACGUCUGCUGGGGGUGCAUGCGGAACUGCAUGUGCCGUUCAUAAAGAUUCUUGGCACCCUCCUCUUCAUUGCCAUCCCCAUUUCGCUUGGAAUGCUGGUCAAGCUACGCCUGCCUGCCCUCACUCGUGUCUUGCUAGGACUCAUACGGCCCUUUAGCUUUGUGCUUAUUGUUGGUGGCAUCUUCAUGGCCUACCAAAUGGGCGCAUCUAUACUGGCCAAUGUCAGGCCUCCGAUUGUGGCUGUUGGCGUGACUGUGCCUUUGCUCGGGUUGUUCGUUGGGUCAGUUCUGGCUAAAUUAGUGGGACUGGCACCUUCGGAGAGAAAGACAGUGAGCAUUGAAGUGGGUGUCCAGAACAGCUUGCUAGCCCUUGCUGUCAUGCAGCUGUCCUUCCGCCGGAUGGAGGCCGACUUUGCGUCACAAGCUCCGUUCAUUGUGGCCCUGACGAGCACCUCUGAGAUGCUUCUCGCAGUUCUGGCCUAUUACACCCAGCACUGGUUGUGUGGGCCCACUGUCCCUAGAAGUGACACCUGAUUGUUAAUGCAAUUUUAUGACCUUGGGAAGAAAAAAAACACACCUUAUACCAUUUUCCUUUUUUCCCCAUCAUGAACAGGACAGUUGGCUGACUUUUCUUAUAUCACCCUUUUCAGAUUUUUAAUGAAAACCAAUGGCCUUAUAACCUCCGGAACUAUAUUUGUCUCAUUUCUGUGUAUAUUACACCAUGAGCUACAUGGUGUAACAAUUCACAAAAUAGAAAUACCCAAAAAAGACAAUCUAUUUUUCUACUAAAUUACUUUUUGAAACAAAACUCAGAUUCAUUUUCAUCAUGUUUACAAGCAGUUCAAUGUGUCUUUGCCAGUGGUGGGAGAAUUGUGUAAAAUGGGUGGGGGGUGGGGUUAAUUAUUUGCUAUUGAUUGUGUUUGAUGGAUCUAUGUAGCCACACACUUGAAUAUAAAGAGACAAAAUGAAUAAAAAAACAUGACAAAACAAA